GCGCGGGCCUCCGGGCGCCCAUGGAGGGCUCCGGGGACGAGGAGCCGGGGGCCGACGGGCCGCUGCAGCGGCUGGUGAAGCGUCAGCGGAAGGAGAAGCGGGAGCUGCAGGCAAAAAUUCAAGGCAUGAAAAAUGCUGUUCCCAAGAAUGAUAAAAAGAGACGAAAACAGCUGGCUGAUGAAGUUGCCAAAUUAGAGGCAGAACUUGAAGAGAAGCACAAGGAGGAAUUAAAGCAGCUGAAGGAAGCUUCACCUGAACAGAAUAAGACAGAUUCCAUAGCUGAUGGGGUUGCAAAUUUAGAGCUUGAAGGAGUAGAGCAACAGAUUCAACAUCCUCGAAUAUCAAAAGCGCAGAAGAGGCGGGAAAAAAAAGCUGCCUUGGAGAGAGAAAGAGAAGAAAGGAUAGCUGAAGCUGAGAUAGAAAAUUUAACGGGUGCCAGACAUCUUGAAAGUCAGAAACUUGCCUCCCUAUUGGCAGCAAGGCACUUGGAGAUUAAACAGAUCCCUUCAGAUGGCCAUUGCAUGUACAGAGCUAUUGAAGAUCAGCUCAAGGAUCGCCAAAAUUCCUGGACUGUUGCAACUCUGAGGAACCAAACAGCAAAGUAUAUGCAAAGUCACUUUGAUGACUUCCUGCCAUUUCUUACAAACCCUGGUACUGGAGACAUGUAUAGCAGAGAGGAAUUUGAAAAAUACUGUGAUGAUAUAGCAAGUACAGCUGCAUGGGGUGGUCAGCUGGAGCUAAGGGCUUUGUCGCACAUUUUGCAAACACCUAUUGAAGUAGUGCAAAUGGAUUCCCCUCCCAUUAUUGUUGGUGAAGAAUAUUCAGGCAAACCAAUAAUACUUGUGUAUAUGAGACAUGCGUAUGGAUUAGGAGAACAUUACAAUUCGGUAAAACUUCUAACAGAUGCUGCUACAGAAAACAGCAGCUAGCAUAUAAAAGUCAUAAAUCCACAUGGACAACAGUUGCAUCUUGGUGUGUUCGGCUCCAGACAAUUCCCAGACAGACUGGAAAGUGAAACUAAAUGGAAUGGAUUAAAAAUGAAAAAAAGGCAUACAAGGUUUGACUAUAAAUCAGAAAUAGCUCUUGAUUUAAAACAAAACCAAACCAAAACCACAGAACAGUAUUUUGAACUUGGUAUUAAUUACGUUUAGAAGAUCUUCUCUAAAUUGGUGGCUGUGUAGAGCAGAAUUUUUUUUUUUUUUCAAUAGAGCGUCAUCCCAUGCUGCAGUGAAAAUACUGAGUAGUAAGUGUUUCGGUUAAUCCGCAUUUCUGCUGAAGAAUUAAGGUUAUUUGAAGGUUCCUGUUAUGUUAUUUCUGGCAGAUUUUGAUGAUCAUGGAAGAGUUAAGGCAUUUUAAAUAAUUUAUUUUCUUUUGAUUGAUGGAAUAACCUUUACAGUGUUUCUUUAAUUCUAUCAGGAUCUAGCUUUAAGGCUGUAGUAGAGAUCCCCUUUAUUUGGGCAGAGAAGAGCUGGAGGCAAAUCCAGUAGUAGAAUAUCUUGCUCGGCUGGAUGAAUUGCACAAGCUUUUUAUUUUAAAGACUUUCCAUCUAGGAUUUUUUACCAAGCUUUGAUGACUUCUCUCUUAUUUUUUUGCAGUUGACAGUAGGAACUAAUGCUUGAUGCUGUUCUGGUACUGAAUCUGUAGGAAGAGCAUUGUUUAUGACUAUGCAUCAUAAUGUUGAUGCAAGUUAACUGUGCUGUUCAUCCUUCAUAGUCUCUCAUCUGUGCAUUUCAAUGAUACAGAAAUCUUAUAAACAAAAAGCUCCUUAGUGUCCUCACUUCAGGUAGUGAAACUCACCUGAACUCGUCAUUUAUGGAUCUGCUGAUCUAAGCACUUUGUGUUCUAAAUAAAGUGUGAUGUUUUAUAAUACUUAAAACAGCUGGUUGCAUACAGGUGUGAAAAUAACCACCUUGGGUUUUGUGGGUAACUUUAAAGGUGAUCUGCAGAAGAAUUAAGUUUCUUUUCAUUGUUCCUUAUGAUGCACAGAGACACUUGAAGUGGUUUUUUUUUUUAAUAUGGCUUGACUUUUUACAUUAGAAACAUGUAUUUUUGUCUUUAAGUCACUGUAAAUGUGACUCCAAAAUUAGCAGCAUACUGAAACCAAAGUUGUAAUGCAAUUGUUUUUUAACAAUACAAGUGAUUUUUUUUUUUUUUUUAAAGCCUUAGUCAGUAACAUGAUAAUUGUCUGUAUUUUGGCACUGAUGAGUUGGUGUGGAGAAAGUGGUUCAUGUCAAGUUUAAACAACUUUGCCCUGAUUUGAGGAUGUGUGCAUCUUGUAGUCAGUCCUUCAGUAAAGCUAGCGAGCAGAUUGACACUCCUGGGACUUAAAAAUUAGAAAGAAAAAUCUGUUCUUACUUAAGAAGGAGGAGAUAAGUGUUCACUUUAUGGAUCAGAUUAUGUCUGAUUUAAAGCACUUUGAGAGGGAGGGGAAAAAAAUCAGGCAAUUAUAGCAGGAGGUUUUGGACAAGCAGAACUUGAAUUAUGACUUCUUUAGACUGGUGCCUGCCAGAAAAACAAAGUAUUAACCAGAUCAGGAGUUAUAACAUCCUUAUUUAUCUGACACAGUAUAACAAAUAUAGCUGUAUAGCAGCUGGUUUACUGUAGAAUUUGGUUUACUACCUUGUUUGUAUAAAAUGAUGUUUUUAAUUUCAAACAAAGAAUUGGUUACAACAGUAUGGAAAAAGUGUUUAUAUUUGUAAUACCACUAUUAAUUUCACUAAAAAUAAUAAUCAGAAAUACUCUUCUCUGUGUUGCUUAGAGUUGAUAUGAUAUGAAAUGCACAUGCUGCAUUUUAUAGAUACCCUGUGAAAAAUAUUCUGUAGUUUAUUGGGUUUUCAUUCUUGUUUGAUUAACUGACGGAGGAAAGAUGCCAGAAUUGUGGAAUGUCUGUACCAACAGUUUGUCCUGUUGAAGAUGUUUACAGUUUGUAUAAAGCAAAAUAAUGUUUUAAUAUAGUGAGUGAAAGAUCCUUGUUAAUGCUGUAUG